AUUCCUGAAUUGCUGCUUGAGCUGCUGCCUCGUCUAGAGAAAGCUCACCAGCUUUGCUGGGCUCCUGCCACAGCCCAGAUAAGGAGCUGCUCCCUGCUGACGCCUCUUGGCCUUUUUAUCUCUGGCUGGCCGCCGCUGCUGGCCCCCCCAGCUGCUCAGCCGUGGCUGCGAGGGCACGGGGACAGUGGCAGAGGGCAGAGCCAUCGCUGCUGCUCCAGGUGGAGGGGCACCAUGCCUGCCCGCUACCUCAGCUUCCGCUGCAGCGUGCCCUGGCUGAUCCUCGUGCUGCAGGCUCUGCUCCUGCUCCGCUCCUUCUUUGGCUUCCCGGGGCUUAGCGACGCCUACUCCCCAGCCAACUCCUACCUAGGAUUUCAAGAUGUCAACCACAUGGUGAUUUUUGGAUUUGGCUUCUUCCUGAUGGUUCUGAGAAGAUAUGGCUUUAGCAGCUCUGGGUUCAACUUCUUGCUCGUUGUUCUUGGUGUCCAGUGCUGCGUGCUGGCAGAGGAUUUCUUAGUUUUCCUUAGGGGACAGCAAAAUCAAGUUGGUUUGGAGAGUCUAGCAAAGGCUUUUGUGAGCGUGGCUGCUGUGGUCAUCUCCACUGGGGCUGUCCUGGGCAGGGCCAGCCCUGUGCAGUUAAUUGUGAUGAGCCUGGUGGAAAUAAUCUUCUUCUACGUGAGCAGAUGCAUCAACAGGACGUUCCUGGAGGUCCCAGAGCCCCUCACGGUGAUGCACGUGUACCUCUUUGGAGCCUACUUUGGUCUGGCGCUGGCCUCCCGCUUCCCUGAGCCUCCCCCGGGGCUGGACAAGAACAGGAGCACCCCAAAGUCAGAGCUGUUCUCAGUGCUGGGCACUGUGUUUGUCUGGGUCUUCUGGCCAAGCUUCAAUUCCAUCCUGGCUAAGUCCAAGAAAGUGGAAGCAGUGCUCAACACUUACUUGGCCCUCGCAGUGAGUGCUGUGGCUGCCUUCAUUUUGUCUGCUCUGACCUCCAAGGAUGGCAAGUUCAGAAUGUGCAGAGCCACUGCCCCUGGUUCUGUCCCUCCAAGCCCUGUAAGGAGUGCCUGUGUCCCUGUGUCCCCGUGUCCCCGUUGCUGUUCUGUGCAGGCUCACGUCCGCAGCGCGGUCCUGGCUGGAGGGGUGGCUGUCACUUACACGGCACACUGCAAUCACCCUUGGAUUGCCAUGGUUUUGGGGCUGCUGGGCAGUGUCAUCACCAUCCUGGGCUCUCACUGUUUGCAGAGGUGCUUGAAUCCAGCUUUGAAGCUUCAGGAUACUUCUGGAGUUCAUUUCACUUUUGGUUUGCCUGCUGUGCUCGGAGCUGUGGCCGCUGUUGUUCUCAGAGUUGUAGAAGAUGGGAUUGAGACCCAAUGGAAUGAACUGUCCAGUCUGGGUUACACUGCCUUUUUUAACAUUGGUGCCUUCUGCCAGACCAUCAGCACUGCCUUGAUAACAGGUUUGAUUACAGGUUUAAUCUUAAACAUCAAACUGCUGAAAGCAGUGCACGUCUCCAAGUACUUUGAUGACCAGUUUUACUGGGAGUUUCCCCACUUGUCUGUUGGAUUUUGAGUGGAGGAUCCCAGCUGACAGGACCAAGAGAAGAUUUUCCUCUUUACCACCAGAAAAACUGAACAGCUCUGAUGGGUUCAAAGAGCCCUGCAAUACCAAUCCUCAGGCCCACCAAAGCCACCCCAGUGCACACUCAAAAACGAAACUGUUCCAGUUAUUCUUGAAAGAUACAGAGUGUGAAUUCACAGCUGCAAACUUCAGGUGCAUUCAGCUUUUCUGCUUUGUUGGCCUUACCUUAAAAUGUUUUUUAGAAGACGUGUACAAAAAAGUUGUCUGCAUUCAUGGCUUAUCAACCCAAAUGCUUGGAAACAUUAAACUAUUUUUCACUCCCGAGUUUACAAGGCAAAA